GGAGCGCCUCUGGCACUGUGUUUGGGUUGGGGCUGCAGGCUUGCGGGGUCACACUUCUCGGUCCCACUGCCGAGGCUGGGCUGGGAACGGGAGCCGCGUCGCCUCGCUCGCACCUCCAAGGCCGUCUUCUGAGGCCUUGAGCCGAGCCCCAUCUGGCGCUCCUCCGCGCCCCCGCCCCAGUCCUAGCGCCCGAUAGCCGCCCCCAGCCCAGCCCAGCAGGUCCGGGCCCCAUUGUCCCUGUUCCGACCGCGGCCACAGGCCCCUUGAGCCUCUCCUCUCCCCACUUACCUUCCCAGGCAAGCCCCCCAACGCCUCUAGCAGCCGCUCUUCCCUUCUCUCGUCCGCGGAGGUGGUUGGUUACCAUGGUGAAGCUGGCGGCCAAAUGCAUCCUGGCAGGAGACCCAGCAGUGGGCAAGACCGCCCUGGCGCAGAUCUUCCGCAGUGACGGGGCCCAUUUCCAGAAGAACUACACCCUGACGACAGGGGUGGACUUGGUGGUGAAGACGGUGCCAGUUUCUGACACGGGGGACAGUGUGGAACUCUUCAUUUUUGACUCUGCCGGCAAGGAGAUGUUUUCUGAAAUGCUGGAUAAACUGGGGGCACCCUGGAGGCCCCAUAGCAAGGCUCACCUUCCCCUCCCACCUCCUGGGCCCAGCCUGGGGUUUGCUCUGGGACCUGCGCGUGCGGCCGCCCGGGGCUUCUCUGGCCCACCCAGCCAUCCUCACAGGAUCCAGCUCGCUGUUCCUUCCAAGUGGGAGAGUCCCAACGUCUUGUGUCUCGUCUAUGACGUGACCAACGAACAGUCCUUCACCAACUGUAGCAAGUGGCUGGAGAAGGCUCGGUCACAGAUUCCAGACACCUCCCUCCCAGGUGUGCUAGUGGGGAACAAGACAGACCUGGCCGGCAGACGAGCGGUGGAUUCAGCUCAGGCUCAGGCAUGGGCCCUGGGCCAAGGCCUGGAAUGUUUUGAAACAUCCGUGAAGGAGAUGGAAAACUACGAAGCCCCCUUCUACUGCCUGGCCAAGCAGUUUCACCACCUGUACCGGGAGAAGGUGGAGGUUUUCCAGGCGCUGCUGUGAGGACCUGGGGCGGGCAGUGCCCCGCGACGGCACAGCGCCACUGGGGAGCGGGCGGGGACUCGGGCUCCUCGGGGAGGAGAGAAGCUGGAACUGCCUCGACAGCUUCCAAUGUAUCCUGACAGCUUUAAAUAAAAUGAGAAGAUGUAGGA